AUGGAAGAUCAGAAGGUUUUUAGGGCAAUUUGCAGAGCACUUCGCAAUCAACAAGAGAACAUCAUUGGAAUUUUCACAGAUACAAAUUCCUCAAUUGGUAGCUUAGUACCUGCUCAAGAUGAAGAUGACUCUACUGCUUGUUCAUAUUGCUUCAAUGGAUUGCUUAAGGUGUCAGUUGGAGUGUUUGAAACGAUCGGCAAGAGGCUGGAUCAAUUUGAUCCAGCCCUCAUAAUUUUUAAACUCAAGCACCCCGCGGAGGACAACAUAUUUACGGGCAUUAAACCUCCAACUGAGGCAUUCUUUCUUAAUGCAAGAUCUCUUGAAGCAGGAGGUGCUCCACCAAAUGGAGCUGUUGUUGGGGGUGCUGGAAGACCAGCAGCGGUUCUUUACGAGGAAAGGUGA